UCUCAUGUCCAGAAACGUAAAUAUAUAUUCAUUGUCUUUGCUGCAUUGUAUGCUCGCUACCAAACCGCGUCACUUGCAAUCUCCAACCUUCUCCUUCACGCUUCAAAUUUGAGGUUUCUGGCUGAUGGGUUUUCUCUGAAUUGUGUGGGAUUCUUAAUUCUUUGAUUUUCUUGGCUGACAAACACUUUGGAGUUUGUUGGUGUUGCUUUUGAGUUUUUGAAAUGGGACCCAUCAGAGGGUCCAGGAAGAAGAAGAAGGUUGACCAGAAUGUGGUAGCUGCUUCAGAAUUCCAGCCCCUGGAAUGUUGGUGGGACGGCUUCUCUCAGAGAAUUACUGGUCAAUCGAAAUCUAAAGGUGUAUUGAAAUUUGAAUCUUUCUUCAAAUUUUCGGGAAAGACAUUCAGCUACAUCUGUUCACUUGUAAAGGAAGAUAUGAUGGCCAGGUCCUCAACCUUCUGCUACUCGAAUGGCAAGCCUGUGUGUCUAAAUGACCAAGUUGCUAUUGCUCUUAGGAGGCUUAGCUCCGGUGAUUCAUUAUGCAGCAUUGGCGAGUGCUUUGGGAUGAACCAGUCAACUGUCUCGCACAUAACCUGGCGUUUUGUGGAAGUAAUGGAAGAAAGAGGGCUGCACCAUCUUUCCUGGCCUAAAGAGCAGAGUGAAAUAGAGGAGGUAAAGUCCAAGUUUGAGAAAAUCCGCGGCCUUCCAAAUUGUUGCGGCGCAAUUGACAUCACGCACAUCAUGAUGACUCUGCCUACAACCGACUCAUCAGAUGAUAUCUGGCUCGAUGGUGAGAAAAACUGCAGCAUGAUCUUGCAGGCAAUCGUUGAUCCAGACAUGAGGUUUCGUAACAUAAUUACAGGAUGGCCAGGAAGUAUGAGCGAUGACAUUGUCCUCCGAAGCUCAGGUUUUUUCAAGAUGUCUGAAGAAGGAGAUUGUUUAAAUGGGGAGAAGUUGGUGCUCUCAGAAGGAACAGAAGUGAGAGAAUACAUAGUAGGAGAUUCGGGUUUUCCUCUCUUGCCAUGGCUUCUCACUCCUUACAAGGGAAGAGGGCUGUGGGAGCAUGAGUCUGAGUUCAACAAGCGGAUUUCUGCAACACAGAUGGUGGCGCAAAGGGCGUUGGUGAGGCUGAAAGAGAUGUGCAAGAUAAUUCAAGGCGUAAUGUGGAAGCCGGAUAAGAACAAGCUGCCGAGGAUUAUUCUUGUUUGCUGUAUACUGCAUAAUAUAGUGAUUGAUAUGGAGGAUGAGGUGCAAGAUGAAAUGCCAUCGUCCCGCCAUCAUGAACCUGGUUACCUGCAACAAAUUUGUGAAUCUGCUGCUGACGAUACGGCAUUUCACCUGAGAGAGAAGCUCUCUCUAUACUUUGCUGGAAAAUUGUCUCGAUGAGAAGACCCUUAUGUGCAUCAUGGAUGGUGGUUUCAUUGGUUUGUACAUUGACGAAAUGUUCGAUCUUUGCUAGUUGAAAUUGGAGAGUUUAGAAUGUUUGAGGAUGCUUUCUUCUAUUGAAACUAUAGUCUUAAGUCUUAACAUAGUUUUAAUUGAAAAUUUUGACUGCAUCUAAAUAUGGUUCUUUAGCAUUAUC